ACCUUGAGCUAAAUGCUACUAACAUUAGCAUGCUAACAUGCUCAGAUGUUCAGUGGGUGCAAUGUUUACCAUGCCCACCAUCUUAGUUUAGCGUGUUAGCAUGCUAACAUUAGCUAAUUAGCAGCAAACACAAAGAGCAGCGGAGGCUGAUGAGCAGGUGUGUAUAUACCAAAGUUACAUUUUGAAAAAAUAGAACUUUUAAAACUGAUUAGCUUCAUGAAGAACCAAGAGGAUCAUCAAAGUGACCUUCGAGAUGCCGCAGAGGACCUGAGGGUGCACGAGGGGAGAUAAAAUGAUUCAUCAUCUGUCAUGAAGGAAGCCGCAAGAGUUCUCAUCCUUCCAGCAGAAUGCGGAGCCAGCUCGAGGGUGCAAUGGAUGCACUGAUAACGGUUUUCUACAACUACUCUGGACAGGAUGGAGACAAAUACAAGCUCAACAAGGGCGAGUUAAAGGAACUCCUCAACACAGAGCUCAAUGACUUCCUCACGUCUCAGAAGGAUCCGAUGCUCGUGGAGAAAAUCAUGAACGACCUGGACACGAACAAAGACAACGAGGUGGAUUUCAAUGAGUUUGUCGUGUUGGUGGCCGCCCUGACUGUUGCCUGCAAUGACUUCUUCCAAGAGCAGAAGAAGAAAACCAAGUAGAUGUCUCGUGAAAACCAGCUGGAAAUCUCCAAUUGUUUAAAAAUGUCGUAACAUUAAAAAACAAUACAGUAAAUGUAAC